GAAUCAGUACGCUGCUAUAGUUUUGGUGGAGCGUGCUGAGGCCCACAUGCGAACCAGCGCGGACAACCGCCAGUGGUGGUUUGAGCUGGAGGGUGUCGGAGAGUGCGCGUUACAGGGCACUGGGCCAGAUCAAGGAGCCAGUGUUUAGGUGAUCAUUGGUCAUGGCCCGCAACGCCGAGAAAGCGAUGACGACGCUGGCGCGCUGGCGGCAGGCGCACUCGGAGGCGGGACCCGAAAAGACGCGGCGACCGUACCUAGCCUCCGAAUGCGACCAGCUGCCGGACGCCGAGCGCUGGCGCAACCAGAUCGUGCGUGAGGUGGCGCGCAAGGUGGCGCAGAUCCAGAACGCCGGCCUUGGCGAGUUCCGCAUCCGCGACCUCAACGACGAGAUCAACAAGCUGCUCCGCGAGAAGGGUCACUGGGAGGCGCGCAUCAAGGAGCUGGGCGGGCCCGACUACGCGCGCACUGGGCCCAAGAUGCUCGACCGCGAGGGCAAGGAGGUGCCUGGCAACCGCGGCUAUCGCUACUUCGGCGCGGCGCGCGACCUGCCGGGUGUGCGCGAGCUCUUCGAGCAGGAGCCGCCGCCGCCGCCGCGCAAGACGCGUGCCGAGCUCAUGAAGGACAUCGACGCCGACUACUACGGCUUCCUGGACGACGAGGACGGCGUGCUGGUGCCGCGCGAGCGCGAGCAGGAGCGCCGCGCCGUCGCCGCCUGGCUGGCCGAGUGGCGCGCGCGCAAGGAGGCGGGCGUCGACACCGAGGAAGGCGACGCGCCGGCGCAUGACGUAGACAGCGAAGAGGAGACGGAUGCGGCGGCGCCGCGAUUCGUGGCGCACGUGCCCGUGCCGUCUCAGCAGGAAGUGGAGGCGGCGCUGGUGGAGCGGAAGAAGCGGGAGCUCCUGGCGCGGUACGCCUCGCAGGCGCUCGUAGACGAGGAGGAUGCAGCCAAGGACCUGGUGGGCGUGGCGCCGGCGAAGACUGAGUCGUAGCGGCAGAGUGCGUCGCGUGUCAUUGUGGUGUCAUGUUCAUCGUGUGAAGGGGUCGUGACGCUGGGCCCCGAGAAUGGCUUCGCGGUCACAUUUUCGUAAGUGCGGACGAGCGUCACCUGAUGGUUGGACGACCAUGAGUUUCGUUUCAUGUGAAGGUUUGUGUACCCACGGCGUCGAUGCGCUGUUGGAACGAUUGGCGACUUGGUAGUCCUCUAAAGCGGCAACUCGAUUGUGCGUCCCCAAAAGCUUGUUUUUUGGAGACAUUCCGGUGUUAGAUGAACGUGUAAUACAGUAUGUUCUGUAGCGCGAGAACGCUUGAUCCGGGCAGGACAAGACAGGCUAAGAUUACAGCAUGUAUUUUUAAAACAGUUCAUAUCAGUGACAUUUAUACAACGGCGCAGAGAAUAAAUCACGUGUGUCGGGGCGUGUCAACCCCAUAAAAAGCCUUUGGUACGAGCACAAAUAGGUGGGCUGAGUAGGACAUGCUCGAGUCAUGUGACUAGUGGCAGCAUGUCGCAACAAACGAGAGCUCGGUGCGACUGAGAUGCUUACAUCACGAUACAAACAGCGUGAGAACCUGGCGCAGCAAGGCAAAGAAAUAUCGCAAAUCCUGAGGUAACAAGAGACCUGCGUUGGCCCCACAGUCGGCUCCACUGGCACGAAUAUCUGCGGAAUGUAAUCUCCAGGCGCGGUUACAACACGUGCAGCGUGCGACACUCCGACACAAGCCCCGGCUGGACGCGCAUGCUGAAGAGCGCGCGCGCGCCGGGCUCGGCGAGUACGGAAAACAUGACACUGGCAGAGCACGCAACGAGGGGCCCAUUUCGCUCCGACUGGCGCCAUGCAGGGCCCCACCCACACCGGCGCGCCUCGUCGGCGUCCACAUCCAAUCCGCCCGUGCCUCCCUGACCCGACGCCC